AUGGUGAACUUUCUGCCUUCAAAACAGACAAUCCAAGUCAAAAUGAAAACUCCUUCCGAUACGAUAGAAGAUGUGAAAGUGACUGAAAAUAAAGACGGGACUUGUAGUCUGGCAUAUCAGGCUAAGGUAGAAGGGGUGCAUGAAAUGACAGUUUUAGUUAAUAACAAAUCGGUGCAGGGUUCACCUAUUAAGAUUAAUGUAAUUCCUAAGAAGGGGUUGGUGGGUAAUUAUGGCAAAUACAAUAGACCUGACAGUGUCCUGAUAACCAGUGAUUGGAACGUAUUAGUUUGUGAUGGUGGAAAUAAUCGACUUCAAUUACUGACCUUGGAUGGAAAACAUAAACGAAUGAUUCAAUUCACUGGUUUCAGGGAACCAUUUAAUCCACGGUUUGCCGCAGAAUCACUGGAUGGUAAUUAUUUCAUAACAGACAGUAACAACAAACAAGUAGUUGUAUGUAAUAACAAUUUUGAACUAAUUAGAUGUUUUGGCAAUACGCAACUGACACACCCUAUUGGUAUUAGCAUCAGCCCUGUGAAUGAAAGGGUGUAUGUUGUUGAUCUGAAAUCCAACUGUAUGAGAAUCUACAGCCAAGAUGGGCAAUAUAUUAAGUCAUUCGGAUCAGAGGGUGAUUGGAAUUGUCAUUUUCAAAGUCCCUUUGGAAUUACUACAGAUAGUAAAGGUAAUGUCAUUGUGGCAGAUCAAUGCAACCGCCGCAUACAAGUGCUGACUGGUGAAGGAGAAUUUCUAUUCAAGUUUGGAAGUCGUGGAAAUGUUGGUACUCAACUACAGUGUCCUUUAGGUUUAGCUACUGAUACAGAUGGAUAUAUGUACGUGAGUGAAAAUGGUAAUAAUAGGGUUCAGAAGUAUGACUCUCAUGGUCAAUUUGUAUGUCAUAUUGAUAGUCCUGCUGAUGGGAUGAUGACUCCCCGUGGUAUCUCUCUCACUAAUGAUAAACCAUUUGGUAAGGUUGUAGUGGCUGAUAUUAAAAAUAAUUGUAUUAAAAUAUUUGCACAGUAA